AUGCGCGAGUUUCUUGAGAUUACAUGCCAGGAGCGCGGCAUUAAGCCCAUCUACAAACCAUUCUGGCUGGAUCUCCCGCAUGCUAAUAUAUUCCAAUCCAUCACGCCGGACGUGUUACAUCAACUCUACCAGGGUAUUGUAAAGCACCUCAUCGAGUGGAUCAAGGAGGCAUAUAGCGAAGCCGAAAUUGAUGCUCGUUGUCGUAGACUUCCCCCAAACCAUAAUAUCCGAUUGUUUCUCAAGGGUAUCAGUAAUCUCUCGCGUGUUAGUGGAACGGAGCACAAUCAAAUCUGUCGCUUCCUGCUCGGCAUUGUCAUUGGCAUACGGUUGCCUGGAAAUCUCAACAAUGCUCGCCUUACUCGUGCUGUUCGUGCCAUCCUUGAUUUCCUGUACCUUGCGCAAUACCCUUGUCAUACGGACGAAACACUGGCACUUCUCGAUGAUGCCUUAACACGCUUUCACGACAAUAAGGACAUCUUCCUUGAUCUUGGAAUCCGCUCGAAUUUCAACCUUCCGAAGCUUCACGGCUUCCGUCACUAUGUACAUAUGAUAAAAACGUAUGGUACAACUGACAACUACAACACCGAGUACACAGAACGUUUACACAUCGACCUCACGAAGGAUGCCUAUAGGGCUACCAACCAUAAAGACGAGUACACUCAAAUGACACUCUGGCUCGAAAGACGGGAGAAGAUUCUAUGGCACGACAACUUUGUCCAAUGGCGUCUCGUUGGUGAUAUUGCCCCGCAAGAAAUCAUACCUCCAGACAUGGAUUAUCGUCGCGCAAUCAAGAUGACUAAACACCCGACCAUCAAGCGUGUCCAGUUGGACCGCAUUGUGCGGGAGUAUGGCGCCACAUUUUUCACUGAAGCUUUGGCUCGUUACGUCGUCGGGAGAAAUCAACCUGGUUUGUCUGCAGCACAACUCGAACGCGAGGCCGCUCACAUCAUUAUUCCCUUUGAUACUGUGGCUACGUUCCACAGGAUCAAAUUCAACUCAAUCAAUGCUCGGGGGAUCCAGGACUCGAGUGUCACCGUGGAUUCUGUCCAUUGUCAACCAUCACAAGAGGACAAGCGAGGGCAUAUGAUCCCCGCGCGUUUUGACACAGUUUUGGUCAACGAAGGGGACGGCGGGACAACAGGCGUGGAUGGUUACCGUGUUGCGCAAGUCCGUGUCGUCUUUACGCUAACAAAUCAAGCUUCGAAUGUGUUAUUCCGCGCUGGACCUGCACAACCACCCACCCACCUUGCCUAUGUGGAAUGGUUCACUCCAUUCCAGCAACCGGAAUCACACCAUGGGUUGUACAAAGUUGCCCGCUUGAUUCGUCAUGGAGAACGUCUGGCAAGCAUCAUUGAGAUAUCAGAUAUCUGUAGGAGCAUUCAUCUUAUACCUAAUUUCGGCGUAGCGGCACCUCGUGAGUGGACGAGUAGCACUGUUCUGGAGUGCUGUUCCACCUUCUUUGUAAACCCCUUCAGUGACCGACAUGCUUAUUUAACACUUGUCUGAGCAUUAC